CAUGAUGCUCCUCCCCUACAGAAGACUGUUCAAAUCCACUCUUAAUUCCCAGGCUUAUGAUGAAGGUUCGGUCCUGUUCUUGAUUGGGAAGGACGACAGGAACACCAGUAAUCCCCCAGGAAACUUCCACUCACUGCAUUGGACCCGUUAAAGUUGGGCAACAUGGGUUUGUGGACAGGCCUGAUUCUAGCUACACAUCUGCUCCUGAAACUAUGCAUGCAAGUGGAGGCACAGUUUUUGGUGUAUGAUCUGCUCACAUCUCCAGACUGCCUGCCAGACCUGCUGCAGGGCGGUUUGGCUGAACAAGGGGUCAAUGAAGCAUUCAUUCUCACCUCCUUCAAGCUGCAGCCCAAGACUGGCACCACUGUAUUCAGCCUGUUCAACCCCAGAGACAACAGCAAAUACUUUGAGUUCACUGUGAUGGGUAAACUUAACAGAGGCGUGUUGCGUUACUUGCGGAGUGACAAGCGAAUGAGCUCAGUGACCUUCAAUAACCUGGUGUUGGCUGACGGCCAGGUGCACAAGCUGCUGUUCCACCUGAAGGGGCUGCAGCAGCAGGGUCAGGUGGGCCUUGAGCUUCACCUGGACUGUCGACUGGUGGAGACCAUCACGGACCUGCCUGCCGUCUUCCAGGGGCUCCCACCGGGCUACGGCACUGUGGACCUCAAGACUAUGCAGCCCAGAGACCAGGAAGUUUUAGAGGAACUCAAGCUGGUUGUUGGUGAUACAUUUGAGAAUGUGGCUUCUUUACAAGGAUGCCAUUUUCAACAAAGAGACGCGGUUCAGACUUUGGGGGUUAAUACAAAGCAGCUGUCCAAUCAAAUGCUGGAGUUAACAAAGGUGAUAAAUGAACUAAAGGAUGUCCUCAUUCAGCAGGUUAAGGAAACUUCAUUUCUAAGAAACACCAUUUCAGAGUGCCAGGCUUGUGGACUCGGUGGUACGGAGGUGGUGAAACCUAGAUGUGGUCCAGGUGUGUGUUUCCGUGACGACAUGUGCAUAGAGACAGCGGAUGGAGUGGAGUGUGGCCCGUGUCCUGAUGGAUACACUGGAGACGGCUUCAACUGUGAUGAUGUGGAUGAGUGCCAGUUCAGCCCUUGCUUCCCUGGAGUAAAGUGUGUGAACACAGCCCCAGGUUUCCGCUGUGAUGCCUGUCCACUGGGUUACUCCGGACAUGAGCUGGAAGGAGUGGGCAUUUUGUUUGCCCAAACCAACAAACAGGUCUGUAAUGACAUUGAUGAAUGUAAAGGACCUGAAAAUGGAGGCUGCGCGGAAAAUUCACACUGCCACAACACUCAAGGCUCGUACCACUGCGGCACUUGUAAAACUGGCUUCACUGGAGAUCAAGUAAAAGGCUGUAAACCUGUGGUCAGCUGCGGUAACAGCCUCACAAACCCAUGUGAUGUGAAUGCACAGUGUAGUGUAGAGAGAGAUGGAUCCAUAUCCUGUCAGUGUGGAAUUGGCUGGGCCGGUAAUGGAUACCUUUGCGGGAAGGAUACUGACAUUGAUGGAUACCCAGACGAAAAACUUAAAUGCAAGGAUUCAACCUGUAGAAAGGAUAACUGUAUCUUUGUUCCCAACUCCGGCCAAGAAGACGCUGAUAAGGACGGCCUGGGAGAUGCCUGUGAUAAUGACGCAGAUGGAGAUGGAAUUUUAAAUGAGCAGGACAACUGUUGGCUAAAGCCCAAUGUGGACCAGAAGAACAGUGACAAGGACAACCACGGAGACGCUUGUGAUAACUGUGUGCGUGUGGAGAACCCAGACCAGAGAGACACGGACGGUGACGGCAGAGGGGACGCGUGUGAUGAUGACAUGGAUGGGGAUGGACUGAAAAACUUCUUGGACAACUGUCAGCGAGUGCCCAACACAGAUCAACUGGACCGUGAUGGAGAUGGUGUCGGAGAUGCAUGUGACAGUUGCCCAGACAUCCCCAACCCCAACCAGUCUGAUAUCGAUAACGACUUGGUGGGAGACUCGUGCGACACCAACCAAGACAGCGAUGGAGAUGGGCACCAGGAUAGCAAGGAUAAUUGCCCGCUCGUCAUCAAUAGCUCGCAGCUGGACACUGACAAAGACGGUCUGGGAGACGAGUGUGACGAUGACGACGACAAUGAUGGGAUCCCGGAUCUUAUUCCACCGGGGCCUGACAACUGCCGCCUGGUCCCCAACCCUGAGCAGAUUGAUGAUAACAAUGACGGCGUGGGAGAUGUGUGCGAGUCCGAUUUCGACCAGGAUAAAGUGAUCGAUCGGAUUGACAACUGCCCGGAGAAUGCAGAGGUCACGCUCACUGACUUCAGAGCCUACCAGACGGUGGUUCUGGACCCCGAAGGAGAUGCACAGAUUGACCCUAACUGGGUUGUAUUGAACCAGGGAAUGGAAAUUGUGCAGACUAUGAACAGCGACCCUGGACUCGCUGUCGGCUACACUGCGUUCAGCGGAGUGGACUUCGAGGGGACGUUCCAUGUGAACACAGUCACCGAUGAUGACUAUGCCGGCUUCAUCUUUGGCUAUCAAGACUCGUCCUCCUUCUACGUGGUGAUGUGGAAACAGACUGAGCAGACCUACUGGCAGGCCACGCCGUUCAGAGCAGUGGCAGAACCAGGGAUCCAACUCAAAGCUGUGAAGUCCAGAACGGGCCCAGGGGAGCAUUUAAGAAAUUCCUUAUGGCACACGGGAGACACGAACGACCAGGUGCGGCUGCUCUGGAAAGACCCCCGGAAUGUCGGCUGGAAGGAUAAGGUGUCCUAUCGCUGGUACCUGCAACAUCGCCCACAAGUUGGAUACAUCAGAGCGAGGUUUUAUGAAGGAACUGAGUUAGUGGCUGAUUCCGGUGUCACGAUCGAUACCACGAUGAGAGGAGGAAGACUGGGAGUGUUCUGCUUCUCUCAAGAAAAUAUCAUCUGGUCCAAUCUGAAGUAUCGCUGUAACGACACGAUCCCGGAGGAUUUCCAGGAGUUCAGAGAUCAGCACAAUAACUCUUUUUGAAGAAAGGAAGAAGACGUCAAAUGAAUGAGAGCUUGGUUGUGUUUAUACUUGUCUUGUUUGUGCGUUUGGCUUUAUCUGUGAGCUGAAAUCUGACAAAACGUGCAAUUAUUGUGCUGUAGGUUAACAUAAAGUGGCAUUACCUACGCUAAACCGGAUUUGUACACUCUUUUAUGGUUCUUAUAAAUCUGUAAGUUAUGAGACAGUUCUUGUUCUGUGUCAAUUACGUCCAAAACUUUUACGUUAAACUGGGAAGUUGUAAACAUUGAAUUUUUAAACAAACACUCAAAGUAACUUGUAUUUUUUGUAAUCAUAAAUUUGAACAAAUAAAAGAAAAUG